AACUAAUCAUGCGUAAUGAUGCGUGCAUCUGCUGUGCUGCCAUCCAUCUUCGGCUCUCUCAUCUUCUCCAGGUUUAAAAAGCGAGGGAACCCUCCAUUUCCCUCAUCUCUUUCUCCCUCCCUCCGUCUUCACCAAAACAAGGUGAGGUGGGUGACUGCAGAAGCUAGGGAGAGAUCAAAUCCAUGGCAGACAAGAUGUCUACAAUUGUGAUGAUGGUGGACCUUGAAUGCGACAGAUGCUACAAGAAGAUCAGAAGGGUCCUCUGCAAGCUCCAAGAUAAAGCAAGCAUCAAGGCUAUCUCCUACGACGAGAAGAACAGCACGGUGACUGUGGCGGGGCCGUUCGACGCCGAGGAGGUCUCCGACAGGCUCUGCUCCAGCGCCGGCAAGGUCAUCACCGACAUACGCGUCGUCAAUGGCAGCAAGACCAAGCCUGGCGCCGGCAGCGCCGGCGCUGCCGCCGCCAAGGCGCACGCGAACAAGCCCGCCAAGGACGGUGGCGGUGGAAAGCCGGAGAUAACCAAGACGAAGCACGUCAAGUUCGAGAUGGCGGACGACAUCGACGGCCACGACCACCACCACCACCACGAAAACAGGAAACCGAAGGUGGUCACCACCACCGCCCUCCCGCGGAUGGAGGCGCCCCGCGGCGAGCCGACGAUGGCCAUGGCGGCGGCGAUGGCGCCGGUGCCCAUGCCGAUGACGAUGCAGGCGCCGGCGACGCCGUCCAUCUGGCCGGCGCCGGCGCCGGCGCUGGAGUGGGGGCACAGCGCCCCGACGUACGGGGCGGGGUGGGCUGCACCGCCGGCAGGCGGGUACUACGGCAGCGGGCCCAUGUACGGGCAGCCGGCGCCACCGCCGUACUACGGCGGCGGCAGGAGCCCGUACGGGGGGCAGCCGCAGUACUACGACGAGGAGCCCGCCGCCGGCUGCAGCGUCAUGUGACCAACCAAACUUUGAAGGCCAUGGUCGAACAUAUAUUUCAUAUACAUCUUCUGCUAUGAUGGCCCAAAAAAAAACGUAUUUUGAUCGGUUUGUUCGUAUCAUGUGCAUGUGUAAAGAUGAACAAGAAAUGCAUGCUAGCUGGGCCGGGAUCCAUGUGUGUAGUAGAGUACUGUAAUGUUUUUUUUUUUUUGAAAGGUAGAGUACUGUAAUUUAGUUGUGUUUUCACCUUGGUGUAUGUAUUUAUGACGAUGAAAACAACCAUGAUCGAGGGUUCUUUUAGAGCUUUAA